CAAGAUUCUGACUUGCUGGUGUUGCUUAGACUUGGACCAUACAUGUGUGGGGAAUGGGAAUUUGGAGGAUUUCCAGCAUGGCUACUUACAGUUGAACCAAAUAUGGUUUUACGUACUAGUGAUUAUGAUUGAAAAUGAGUAUGGCAGUUAUUUUACUUGUGACAGAGCUUACCUUGAUUUUCUUGUAUACAAAGUAAAAUCUGAGUUAGGACCAAAUGUAACUUUAUAUACAACUGAUGGAUGUGGUCUUGGCUACCUUCGCUGUGGUAAAGUCAAUGGUUCUUAUGCCACUGUGGAUUUUGGCCCUGGUAGUGACCCAACAGAAUGUUUUAAUGCUCAAAGGUUUUAUGAACCUAAUGGACCAUUGAUCAACUCUGAAUAUUACCCAGGAUGGCUAGACCACUGGGGAUCACCACAUGCUAAAUUUGACACUAAUCCUGUUAUUAAGAGUUUAGACCGACUGCUUGAUAUGGGUGCAAAUGUUAAUAUGUACAUGUUUAUUGGCGGAACAAAUUUUGGAUUCAUGAAUGGUGCUAAUAGCCCACCAUACGAACCUGUACUCACCAGCUAUGAUUGUGGCAGUCCAUUAACUGAAGCAGGAGAUAUCACACCUUUAUAUUAUGCUCUUAGAGAUAUUAUUUCUAAGUAUCAAAAGCUGCCUGAUAUGCCUAUCCCUCCUAACACAAAUAAGACGAAGUAUGGAAAUAUAACAUUAGAAUUGAUCUGCACAAUUCAAGAUGCCCUCCCUUACCUUGCUCCAGCUGGUCCAAAGUUGUCCACUUACCCACUGCCCAUGGAACAGAUUAACUUUUAUUCUGGAUUCAUUUUGUACAGAUUUGUCUUGUCAAACAACUUCAUUAAUCCCACACCACUCUAUACCAAAGGAAUUAGAGAUAGGGCAGUAGUGAUGGUUAAUGGGGUACCUUUUGGUUUAAUGGAUAGAGAAAAAACAACUGUAAAUAUUACUGGUAAAAUAGGGCAGGCUGUAGAUAUUUUAGUAGAAAACCAAGGAAGAAUAAAUUAUGGCAAGGAUAUCAAUUUUAACAACAAGGUAAAUUUUCUAUCUGUAUAAUAAAAUUAAAAAAUAUUCAGUUAUUCAAAUUUAUUCUAUAACUGUAGAAUGUUCUUUUUAGCUAUGUUUAUCUAUCAUAUUAUUAUACAACCUGAAAUAUCUUAUUAUUCUUACACUAACUUACAGGGUAUAAAUCAGUAAUGUCACCCUGAACAAAGUUGUGGUUACUGAAUGGCAAAUUUAUCCUUUAAAUAUAGAAAACAUCCCCAAUAUUACAUUUUCACCUCCAUACAAAAGGUCACAGCCUUUAAAAUCACAAGAUGGCCAACUUUUAACACCUUCAAUAUAUGUUGGAGCUGUUUAUAUCCCCAAUACACCUGACCAGCCACAAGAUACUUACCUGGAUCCUAGGCCAUUUGUCAAGGGUCAAGCAUUUGUAAACAGUUUUAACAUUGGCCGCUAUUGGCCAACCAAAGGACCACAAGUAACUUUGUACAUACCCAAGCAAGCUUUCAACAACCCACCUGCAUUGAAUCUACUCUACUUGUUUGAGCUAGAAAAUGCACCCUGUUUGCAGGUGUCUACCUGUCAAGUGUUCCUCACAGAUACUCCAAAUAUAGGUGUGCCUAAUGAGCCUUGAGGAUGGUACUGGGUGGUUGGGUAACAGCAUUUAAUUGCUAACCCAAAAGUCCAAAGUUAGAUGUACCUGAUACUGCCCAGCUCAGUUUGCUACCUGACUUUAGAGGAAAGAAAAAUGACCACAUUCCAUUGACCACACUGUCCUUUUAUAUUUUAACUUUGAAAUUGUUCAGUUUUUACACAUUUCUGAUAUAUUUGUAUUAUCUGAUUUUAAAUGUUUAUUGAGAUUAUAACAAUCCAUUCAAUGUGAUUUAUUAUUAUAUGGGACCACUUUAUAUGGUACUUUCAAAGUAUUUUUAACCAAAAACUUUAAUAAAGCAAUAAAUGUAAUUAACUGUUAAUAGUUAAUUAUUUUUUUUAUAACUAUUCCUUAACCAUAAUAAGAAAUUUGUCUUCAACAAAUUGGGGUUACCCUUUCAAUUUCAAACCUGGCUGGCCCUGAAGAGAGAUAGUGAGUCAGCACUAUGUCCAAGUGGCCUCUACUUUCCCCAAUACAACAAAGGUACCCAUUACUGCUAGGUGAACUCUAGUACAUAUUCAAAGAAGAGACCCAAACAUGAGACUUUCAGGUUGGCAGUUUAGUGCUCUAAUGCACAGCCAUGCUGUGCCAUUUAAUAUUUAUUGCUUAAGUCCUAUUUUGGGCCAAUAGUCAAUGGUGCAGAUGAAGAAAAGAUCUGUUUCUGUGACCUCGCAUAUGGAGGGGUAGUGAAGUCAGCAUUAUGCCCAGCCUUUUUCCCCCUAAUAUUUUAACUGAGGUACCCAUUUGAGCAGGGUGGACUCUAGAAUGUACUUUGUACUCAUGGCUGGGAUCCAAACAUGAGAUUUUUCAAGUUAGCAAUCAUUUGUUCCACCACCAGGCCAUCUCUACAGCUGAAGUCCUAUUUUCACUGAGCGACUUUUAUGUCUAUUACUAUUACUGCAAAUGUGCUGUCUAUCAUUCGCUCUUAUUAUAUUACUAGCCGUCGGUACCCGUUACACGUGAAUUAUUAUAGGCCUAUAUAUUUUAAUGUUAUACGUGUUUGAGAAAAAUAUUUUAUAAAACAGUUAUUCGUCAAAACGCAAUGUGCUUUACUAUUAGUGACAAAGCAAAUAAAUAGCUAAAAAUCUGAAAAUUUUAAUAUAACAUAGCCUACCAAUACCUAUUAGAAAAAUUAAAACCAAAUUAUAUACAUUAUUAGUCAACAGAACACCAUAUUAAAUGCAUUCCCUGAUUAAGAGACUUAACUGAUUCCCUUAAAAACCCGGCUAUUCAAUGGUCAUUAUGUUGUUUUUUAAAGUAAUUUGUAUUAGUUUGAUCGAGAAAAUUGUCUUGAUAAGUAGAUUUAUAGAAUCUAGAUCAAAAUCAAAUGAAAUAGUUCAUUUCUUUAUAUUCUAAAAUCGGAAGAUGACGCCAUUAGUGUUCUUUCCACAGUUUAAACAUGUGGCAUGUGACGUCAUUUUUUAAUGCCUUCUUGUCACUUUU